AGUGGGCUCGGGAGCUAGGUAGUAGUCACGUUACCCAGAUUGGGGACCCCAUCCCUCCAUCCAAGUUGGCCCAUAUAUCUGAGUUCUCGAUUCUCAAGGCCUGAUGUUACCACUCCUAAUUUUGAAAGUGGCUGGGAACAAACCAAUGAUGGUCGAAUUGAAAGAUGGGGAAAUAUUCACCGGACAUCUGGUCGGCUGCGACAGUUUCAUGAACUUAACGAUGGGUGGCGAAGUCUUCCAAAGAAGUGCAGAUGACGAGCACUUCUGGAAACUCGAAGAGUGCUACAUUCGUGGUAGUAGCAUUAAGUAUAUCAAGGUUCCCGAUGCGCUGCUAGGCCUGGUCAAAGAGGAACAGGAACGUGCCCGGGAAGUUAGUCGCCAUCCGAGGAGUACCAUACAGUUGAGCAGCGCGCGGGGAGGUGCGUCGUAAUGUCGCGAUUUCUUGCUAAGCGUCUCACACCGACCUUUGAUAGGUCGCUCUUUGCCUGGCAGAGGUGAGCAUACUGUCUACAAUGCUAAUAUGGUUACGCGGUUUACACCAUAUGAUCAUACAGGUA